AUGCCUUGGAAAACUGAGGAAAUCAAGGAUUUUCUGUUCACAGCCCCGCGGAAGGAUGCUAAAUCUGUCAAGAUCAAGAAGAACAAGGAUAAUGUGAAGUUCAAGGUUCACUGCAGCAGCCACCUUUACACCCUGGUCAUCACAGACAAGGAAAAGGCUGCGAAGUUGAAACACCCCCCCCCCCUGGCAGUGAGAUGA